ACAGUGUCGACGUGAUCGGGCUCUACGGCUCUACGAAACGUCGGCACGAGCGCAGUUUCCCUAGCUCGGGGAAUCGGGCGCGUCCUCAGGUUGCGGAUAGAGGAACGGCCUGCAGAUAUGCAGGUUAGCCGCGAAAUAAGCAGUCCAUUCAUUUGGACUGACGAAUAAGCGGUCGCGGACAGCGAGCCCCUCGUUCGCUCGUUAACCCUGCAGAUAUGCAGGGUAGCCGUGAUAUAAGCCACUCCUAGAGUGGACGAAUAAGCGGUAGCGUUCGAGGAAAACGGGCAGGUGGGCCCGAUAGCCUGGUAAGGCGACCACCUAGGUGAAGGUAACACCGAAAACAAAUCCCCUGGCGGUAGGUAAAACGCAGGGAAGGACACCCGUAAAACCAAUCAUGGAAGGAAACCAUUCAAAUAUAACGGUUACCGCGCCAGGAGAAUCGGAGUCUCCAGGGCCGGCUGGGAAAGGUGUCGCUACAGGCCUAACCCGGUCGUCAUCCAGCGACUGUACCAGAACCGUGGGACUGGUGAGGCAGGGUCCAGGGGGCGUUCGCGCCCAAGCUACUGUCGGAGGAUGUGCCAAGCAGGCAUCCUCCAGUGACCUUAGGGUCACUGAGGUAACUGCUGGUGGCUUAGCUACCAUCGAGGAGAUGGUGGACGACUGGGAAGGCGUGCGUGAGCGUUUUCGUGACGACAUGCCGCUAACUCAGUCGGAGUUCACAAGAUGGAACGGCUGGCUCCAAAGCAUGGAGACUGGAGGAUGGACGAUGGACUCGUUCCCGUGCGGCUCAUUCCGGACGGCUGAAUCUUUCCGGAGUUCAGUGUCGACGGUACUGAAGCUGAUGAAGAGGGACUUGGACGAUGGACGUCCAUUCGCCCCGGAGAGGAUUAAGGAGUAUAAUCCUUUAGAAGGUGUUGAUGAGCCCGAGCUAAGAGCGGAACUCAUCGAGAAAUGCAUUGCUAGUCGCCGAGGGGAAGCUGCGGUGGAACGCCUCACGGGCGUUGCUCGCUUAGUCGCUUCGGAACUCUUAUCCCGCUACAACGACAGCGGGAUAAUGAGAAGCAUGGGUCGUGGGCUUUAUCAGGCCGUUGAGUACCUCGCGUACACAGAAGGACAAAUAAAGCAGGAAGUGACAUCUCCUUUGGAUGACGAAGACGAGAUGAUGCGGACGGGCGACCGUCGUGGAAGCAAUGAGCCUUCCCCUGGGGAAGGCUCAUCGACUCGCCAGCGUGCGGAAUCGCCCGCGCUUAGUCCGCUUCCGGAGAGUUCUCCUCCAGUACGCCAUCCUGGCAAGAGGAGGGCGCCUUUGGGGGAAGAGGAAGAGAGCGACGACGAGGCCACGUUUGACGUCGGCCUCAAUCACGUCGUUGCUCUCGCCCGAACAGCGGAGGUCGAGGGGAGUCUGAUGAACGAGGUCCCGGGUACCCACCUGGAGUAUCUCGUUCAGCAGAUCUCCCUCUCGUGCCAGGCCCUCAGCGAGCUGAGGAGCGCGGUGCGGCCAUGUCGCAAGAGAUGGCAUGACCCGGCGGACGUGGCGACGGCCACGUCGUCUAUGAUAGAAGGCAUAGUCGCGCAAGUGGCUGUGCUUCGAGGUGUCAUAGACAAACGUCGUGGUAUGGGGGUGCACAAGGAGGUGCAGAUGGCGACGAAGCGCCUGGAGGAGAUCCUGGAAGAGGAGAAACGUAGAAGGGCGUCUCCAGCGGCCAGGAUCCACCAGGAUGUUGCAGUGGAGUCAACUGCCGGAUCGCGGCCGCCGAAAGCAUCUUCCCCGAAGAUGGGCAAAGAAGUCUCGACGCAGACUGUCGUCGAUGACCCACCGGCCGAUUCACCAAAGGGUCCGGACGAGACGGAGAAAAGGAAGAGGAAGAGGAAGAAGAUACUGCCCGUCGCUGCGGGUACUGCCGCCGGAUCAGUUAGUGCGUCCACCGGGACGCCUACUGACCGGCCGAUGGCGGACCGAGCCAGCGACAUGGUGUCCGCGGAAGGGGAUGCGGGAGCUGCUCCCGCUGAACCUCAGUGGUCCCAGGUCGUGGGACGCAAGUCGGGCAAAACAAAAAAGAAGAAGGAGGAUACGGCGGCCGAGGCCAAACCUCCUCCUCAGACGAUGACGGCUCAGGCGAUAAAACGCCAGAAAGCGGCGAGACUGCGUGCCAAAGUGCCCCGCACAGAGGCCGUAGUGAUCGGCCCCCUAAAAGAGGGGCAGAAGUAUGCCGCUGUCAUUGGCACAGCCAUGGCCGCGGUGGAUCUCCGGGCUCUGGGCAUAAAUGUGUCCGGGACCCGGAGAACGCAGACGGGUGCCGUCCUCUUGGAGGUCCGGGGGUCGGCCGAACAAGCUGACCUCCUGGCGGCAAGUCUUAGGGCGGCCCUGAAGGAUAUGGACGUGCGGGUACAUCGGCCGUCGAUGACCUGCACCGUCCUCCUCCUGGACGUUGAAGAGUGGCAGGAGGAGCAAGAUGUGCAGCGAGCACUGAGCACCGCCCUGACGUCUCCGAAUGGAGAACUGCCGCCGCUAGUGGGUCCAAUUACGGUCCACACAAAUGCUGGCGGUAAAGGGCGGUAUGCGAGGUGCGAGGUGCCCCUCAAAGUUGCUCAUCGCCUGGCAGGUCUAGGCCGAGUCCGGGUCGGGUGGACGUCCUGUAGACUGAGGAUUCUCGAUAAGGGACCUCAGUGCUACAGGUGUCUAGAACGCGGGCACAUAGCUCACGCGUGCAAGGGACCGGACCGGUCGAAGGCCUGCUUCAGGUGUAAGAAGGAGGGGCACCUCUCCAAGGACUGCCCCGGAAGCCGAAACAAGGUAGAAGGUCGGGCUUCAAAACCGACCAGAAACCAGGAAAAAGAAGAAGAUGGCCUACCCCCACCUCCAAGUGGUCCAACCCGGGCAACGGACCCCCUAGUGGGGUCCGGCUAACGGGGGAGGCUACGCCGCGCUGUGAUUCAGCUCUAGUGUAGACUUGGGCCGUAUCACAGCGCGGUGGUAUGAAGCAGAGAAGGCGACGUGGGCCGCCCUGAAGCAAUGCCUCACGGCAGUUCCAGGGCG